AUGGCGUCCAACAAAGAUGAGGUGAGCUCCAGGCUCUCCAACCUCACCCUAAACAAAAACAAGCCAAGCAGCGAGAGCAAAGCAAAGGAGGAAGUGGCCGACUCCUGGGAAGACGAAGACGUCUCUGAUGAGCCGGAGGAGCCAACAACGCCCAAGGCCUCAGCCUCAGCCAACGCUCCCGUCGCGCCUCCGCCCACCCCAGCGACGCCCUCCUUUACUAGGCCGCCCGACAAUUGGGGGAGUCCGGAAACUCUCAGCUCGCCGCAGUCAUCAUCGUCGUCAUCAUCCGCCGCUGCCCGCGACGGCCGCAGACCGGAAAAGACGGACGCGGUGGCGCGCAGGCUCAUCGCGGCGGGGCUGGGCCUCAAGGCGCCCAAGCAGACGGAGGAGCAGCGCGCAUAUCAAAAGUCGGUGCGCGAACAGGAGAGAAAACGCAGGGAUGAAGAGCGCGCCGAGCAGCAAAGAAGGGCAGAAGCUGCGGAACGGGCCAAAGCAGCCAUGUGGGAUGAUUAG